AUGGCAAAAAAAAAAAAAAAAAAGCGUGGCGGCACGUGCCGGCCAGGUACAAUAAAGGGAAAAAGGCACGACGCCGAAUCAAUCCCAAUCCGACGACCAUAUCUACCCGUCAAGAGCGGGACCCAGACAUCGAACGGCCAGAAAGGGAGCCCCACGGUCUUACCAUCGAACGGCCAACGUUACGUGUCUUGCGUUUCGCUACGCUUCAAUCAAAUGGUUCACGUAGAUGUCGCCGGCGGGGACAAUAUCCCGGUACCGGAAACCUCGAUCUGA